GUUGCGGUUUGCCACGUCAUAUAUCCGCGCAGAGCUGAGGUGGCGUUUGAGAGGUUGUUUUCCCGGCUGCUCUCAUCAUGACUAAGCUCCUGGAGUGGCUGUUCGGAGGCUCGGUGGUGGCCGCCGUCUGGGCUCUGGUCACUUUCGACCUGUUGGACUUGAGCCUGCCGCAGACGUACAGAGAGGUUGCCUGGCCGAUGCCUCUGUAUCUGCUGGUCUCAUUUGGCUGCUACUCCCUGGCCACGGUGGGAUACCGGGUGGCCACCUUCAAUGACUGCGAUGAGGCGGCGAAAGAGCUGCAGGAGCAGAUAAAAGAAGCCAAAGAGGACUUGAGGAAAAAGGGCUUAAAGAUGUAGUACCUGAGAAGGACUAUGUACGACCUUUUUGGGAGACCGAAAAGGCGAUGCACGGACCACUUUCACACACAACCAAGUGUCUGCUCCUGUAAUGUUUGAGUUGUAUCUCUUGUUUAGAAUGUGGAAAUGUUGUUGGAUGAGACUGAACUGUUUCCAGCAGACAUGAUCUGAACAUCAGUCAUAAUAACCCUCAAAUCCAGCUGUGUUUUGGUACAGUGUCUUAGUGAGUCAGAUUAGAUAUUAAUCAGAAAUGCUUCAGGGAAUUGGUAAUGAAUGGCCUAUAUGUAUGAUUCAUGAAUGACAACAGAGCAGUUUGUAUUCUCCCCAUGUAAAGACCUCUUUUAUAAAGUAACUGACUAAUACUCAAUAAUCAGUGUCUGUUCAAAUCCGUUUGUAGCAGGUGGUUUAUAAUGAUUGAUGCACUAUAAACCAGAUGAAAGAAGAACACACAAAUGGCACCGUCUUUGGUUGCAAACACACAGUUAAACACCACUGAGAGUCGCUGGUUUGCUAAAUGAUCAUCUGUAACCAUUUUCCGAUCACUUGAAAUGCCAACCAAAUGAAACCCCAAAGGUCACACUGGAACAAUCUGACUUACAGACUGUUUCCACUGAGAAUUCUCAGAUGCUUUCAAUCUGCGUCAGCUCCAAAAUAGUACAACACAGUGUGGAUGUUUGUGUGUGUGUUUGUCAGGAGAUUGCUGCUUGUCAGUACGGAUGGACUAGAUUUUAUCUGUAAAGAAGUGUACAUUCCAUUGUCCAAUUUCAGACUUGUGCCCUACGGCUAUUGCUGGGACUUAAUUAAAUUGGAGUCUAUUUUUUGUCAGUU